CCUCAACCCUCGGCAGUGCCGGUGCCCGGCGUUGCUUCGUGGUGCUUUCUCCUCGGGCGUGGGGAGAAGAAAAAAAUAAAAAAUAAAGAGACAAAAGCGAAGCAAAACACAACAGCCACACCACAAAAAAAAAAAAAAAUAUCCAACCCAUAGGAAGCGAACCCGACGCGCGGAGCCGGCGCGGGCGUGCGCUGUCAAAGAGCUGCGCCCGGUGAGGAGUUGGCAUACCAAGCAAAACUGGGUAAAAAAAACACCCAGGAGGAACGAUGCUGUUUGAUGAUUUUAGGUAAUCUCCUAUUUAUAUCUCCAUGUUUUUUAAUCUAGCCUCAGAUGAAUUUCCUAGCGUCCUUUCACGAGGAGAGGUUUUUAAUUCCACUUAAAGGAAAAGCCUAUUUGUCGGAUUUGAUUUGAUUUGAUUUUUUACUCCGAUGACGACGACGAAGCCGAUCUUCGAAAGAGAAGCCAAUGUGGAAAAAACCCACCCUGAACACAAAUCCAAACCAACCUGAACACCAAACCAGCUUAAAGGCAAGAGGUGACUCCCUGCAGCUCUGAGGCUAUCGGGAUCAUGUGCUUUACCGUCAGCCAGACACGCUGAACAGCCGAUUAUUUUUAUUCCUAAAGGACCUAAAAAUACUUAUUUUGCAGCUCGAGGAGCCCUUUCUUACAGCAAUGGGAGCCCACGAACAAGUGGGACAUCCCGGGGUGGCACGUCUUCACUCGGCUCCUCCUCCAGCGGGAUCGGCUCCACCGGGAUGGAGCAGGCCAGCGUCUUUCCUGGCACCGGAGACCUCAGGACACGUCCGGGCUGGGAAUGCUGCUGCUGGGGGGGCCGUGCUCGGGCUCGGACUUGUGGCUCCUUUGCCGACAGCCCCAGGGCGAGCAGUGGCGGUGGCGGCAGCAUCUCCAAAGGAGCUGACAAGACAAAGAAACAUAAACAAAAAAAUACAAAAAAAACAGGAAAAAAAAAACCACAAACCAACCCCAAACUGUGAAUAGCGAGUGUUGCUCUCUGUACAUCACUGUUGCUAAAGUCUGGUGCUUUCCGUCUCCGGGGGACUUUCUCUGCGCGAUCGGCUCCGGGAAGAGCGAAUCCCGAAGACUUGGCUGGGCCAAACCCCGCCGGGUCCGCCUUCCCUGCCGGUGCCGGCAAGCCGGUGUAGCGGCCCCAGCGCCGCCGGGGCUCGGUGCUCUUUACUCUCCCCGGGUGCCAUCCCUCCUUCCUACGGAUCACCGUUCUUCCCGCAAAAAAACCACCCAAACCCAACUGAACAACCCAGCAACGAUGACGACGACAGCCGCGUGGUGCUUUUGGAACAAUCUCCAUCGAGACUUCCCGCCCGACGCUGGAGCCGUGCCCGGAUGGAGGGGUGGGAGAGCUCCCCAGGAGCGCGGCACAGCCCGAUCUGGGUUCCCGGCGUCCCCAGGGGGGUUGUUGCUUUUGCACUUUGAGGUGCCUUUUGGAAGAGCCAGCGAGGCAGCGCCGACGCCGUCACCGUGCGGGAACCACCUCGUGUUUACUGUCACCCUCCUUCCCCGCGCACGGGACACGGAUCAGCAGGAUCUUGGUAAAAAACAGCCUGAACAUUUACGUGGUCUGAUUUUAAACCUGUACAUAGGGAAAGAAUUUUUUUAAAAGCACUUUCACCUAGAUUUAAAAAGCGAAACUUAAAAAAAAAAAGCAAACAACUCCCCUUCUUCCCUCUCCCCUCCCCUCCCACCCCCCCCAACUUGAAGCAGUAUGUUUUAAACAAGAUUAUCGUGGGAGAACUGUAAAUACUGGCAGAAUAUUUAACAUGCUUUGUCCGUCCUUCAUCAUUAAUGAAUUUUUUUUUUUUUGUUCGUUUUUUUAACCGUAAUCUGUAAAGUCGCGUAUAUUUGACAAGGAAACUCAACGAGCUAUUCCCGCUUUUCUUAUAAAUACCCAAUAGCAUAUCAGGAUUGUAAGAGUCGACGGCAAGUCGGAUUUUAGUGAUGCCCGUUCCAGCGGGGGACCCGCCGUGUGGCUGGGAGGGGGGAGAAGGGACCCGGCUGAUGUGGGGCCGGAUUCGGGUGCCGGCCCCGUCGGCAUCGCCGGGGGUUUGUCUCUGGCUGGCGCGGCGAGGGUGCCUUGGAGCUUCGCCUGGAGCGUGGGGGGGAGAAGGAGCGUUCGGAGAAGGCGAUGGUCCGUGUAACCUGUCUAAGUCCUGCUUCCUUGGAGGUGUUUUUGGUGCAGGGAGGGGGGUCGGUCCGUUGGCUCUGGGGGGAGCGGGAGCUGCCGGCGCCGCGGGUCGGGGGGAGCGAGAACUGCUGCAGUCUCACGUUUUUACACUACAUAACGUCUAACCUACCUCAACUCUCAGUCAUUACAAAUUCGCACGCUUCAGACUUCUACACAAAACUCAAAAUCUAUGCACAGCUCUUUUACCCCUUGCUGCUGAGAGGCUGUUUCCAAGCAAAAUCUUUCCCUUUACCCGCCCUGGCGGCCGCGCUCAUCCCGCCCGCACCGAAGCCACGGGGGUCACGGAGUUCGAGGGGGGAAGGAACGUUUUUAAUCGCUUCGGAAUGGGAUGUGGGGACCUCGUUUUGCAGCAGGUCGUGGCCACAAUGGUGCUAGAACAAAACCCAUGGUGGAAACCCCGGGGAGAGCUCGGCACGGGGAGCCCCAACCGGCUUCUUCCAUCCCGCCGCAGGCGGGAAACGAGGGGUGCAUUUCGGGUCCCCCCGUCCCGAUGCUCUCGGGAUGAGGCGUGGGAAGGAGAAGGAAACCAGAAUCCCUGAGGUGCCUCAAUUGCUGAUUUUUCCUUUUAAUACUGGAGUACGCUUUGUGGGCUCUAUAAGGCAUAUUUUUAUUAAAUGAAAUCUUGUAAUACAAACGGUGCUAUGGUGUUUUAACAAACUGUAUCACGCUUCUGCCUGAUUCCAUCUCGCUGAGGUGCUACUAAUGUAUAUAUGAAACUAAGGAACCAAGAUAUAAAAAAAUAAAGCAAUGUCGUUGAGAAGGAAGUUUACCUUUCCGGAGCGACAGCUCAAGGUGUGCCGGGAGCCGGUUGGGUUGAUGCAAACCGGAGUUUUGCCAUGUCCGAGGUGUCCCGGGGUCGUGGUGGAGCCGUUCCCUGCGGAGCCGGUGUGGUGGUGGGAUGAGGUGCUCAGAUGUAUGUGGGUGUAGGGUUUGGUCAGAGGUGUGAUCUCGGUGCUCAGCGGUGCUCGGUCAUGGUGUGUGGACACGGUGCUGAGACGUGGUGUUUGGCCACGCACCGUGGGUGUAGUGCUCGGGCAUGGUGGUCAGUCACACACUGGGGACAUGGUGCUGGGACACAGUGUUUGGUCACACACUGUGGACGUGGUGCCUCGGGCACGGUGGUCAGUCACGCAUCGGGGGCGUGGCACGUGGACAUGGUGCUUGGACAUGGUGAUCAGUCACACAUCGGGGACGUGGUGCUCAGACGUGGUGCGUGGACACAGUGCUUGGAUGUGGUGCUUGGCCGCGGUGCUCGGACAUGGCACGUGGACAUGGUGCUCAAGCACAGUCACACAUCGUGGAUGUGGUGCUCGGGUGUGGUGCUUGGACAUGGUGCUUGGGCACGGUGCUCGGCCGGGCAUCACGGACACGGCAUGUGAACGUGGUGCUCUGACUUGGUGUUCAGACAUGGUGCGUGGACAUGGUCACACAUCGUGGACGUGGUGCUUGGGUGUGGUGCUAGGACAGGGUGUGUGGACGUGGUGCUCGGACACGGUGCUUGGACACAAUGCUCAGCCACACAUCAUGGACGUGGUGCUCGGGCGUGGUGCUCUGCUGUGGUGCUUGGACGUGGUGUGUGGACACGGUGCUCGGGGCACGGUGCUCGUCCACACCCCAUGGACACAGUGUGCAGGCACCAUGCUCGGACAGGCUGUGUGGAUGUGCAGGGACGUGGUGUGUGGACAUGGUGCUCGACCACGGUGUUCAGACGCAGUGCACGGACACGGUGCUCUGCUGUGGUGCUUGGACUUGGUGCAUGGACAUGGUGCUCGGGCACGGUGCUUGCCCACGUCAUGGCCAUGGUGCAUGGAUAUGGUGCUCGGGCACGGUGCUCAGCCAUGCGCUGUGGACAUGAUGCGUGGCUGCGGUGCUCAGACGUGGUGCGUGGACAUGGUGCUCUGCUUGGUGCUUGGACUUGGUGCAUGGACUCGGUGCCUGACCAUGGUGUGUGAACCUGGUGCUCGACCGCGGUGCUCUGACACCAUGUGUGGACACGGUGCUCAGUCAGAGGGUGUGGACACGGUGCUUGACCGCGGUGCUCGGACAUGGU